GAUAUUAUUGUGAAAGUGAAACUACUAAAUUCUGUUUUUUUCUUUAUUGGAACACUUUUUCUAGCACUUUCCCAAUAAAUAAAGCGUUAAAUUAACAAAACAAAUCGUCACACUUGAAAAGUAAAUGCUAUAAAAUAUUUUCUUUUAAAAUGAUAGAUUUACAUUUAAGCCCCAAAUCUCCCUGAAUACCCCCUUGCGGCAACUUAAAGUCGAUAUAAGUCGGACAAUUUCCAAAUGGCCACAUUUAUAGCCUUCCCGUGCCUUGCUAUCACAUAAAAAUCACUUUCAGUCUCCACCGCCCCGCAAAUUAUAGCCCAAUGUGCCCUACUGCCGUUUAAUAACCCCGGAGAGUUAUCUUUGUCUGUGUCAUAAGGCACUAAUAAAUGGGCACCAUUGAGCAAAAAUUCUUUGAUUUCUUUUGUAUUUAAUAAACCUGAGUAUACUUGAACACUGGUCGAUUUUAAACUUAACCGAGCCAAAGUGGCCAUAUUUUGAACACUAAACAUUUCCCCAUUAUUGGUAAACCCCUCAUUCUUAGCGGUUUCUAGCAGUGAUUGAACUGAGGCAGUGCUGGGAUUCCCCGAAUAAAUUGCAAGGGCAACCAGACCACACUGGGGUCCAUCUUGAAGAAACGCGGCUAGGGGUUUAUACGAGUAUCUGUGAGGAGCACUCAAUUCUGUUAGGGUGAACAAGGUGCAAAUCUUGUGCACUUCAGGGUAACAUUCAGCCCAAGAAAAAUUCAUUUUGUAAUGUUAAAUACCCACGAUUACAUCACAUUAUAAAAAACACAUUAUAGAGAAAUAAAAAGUGAGGUUAUCUAAUGGAAUCUACGAAUAACUCGACUAAAAUUAAAAAAUGUGCGGGAAAAGACAACCUCCAAAGAUUGAAUUAUUUGUACCAGGCGUGUAAUGCAAUUACUACAGAGAAUGAAACAAAUCAUUUAGCGUCUGUAAUGUAUAGCAAUCUUUUGGUCGCAAUAUCGAAAAAAGCUGUUCAAAGAAUGGACAUUGAAGUAAAAAGAACGAUUUGUAAAGGCUGUCGCUGUAUGUUGUUGGCGGGGAUUACAUGCAAAGUGAGGAUAAAGAAAAAACAUUCGAUUUGGACGUGCACCAAAUGCAAUACAGCGAAAGUAUUCCCUGCGCAAAAUCCCGAUUAUGUGCCUUGGAAUUUGCAAGAUGACAGUGUUGUGGAGACUUUACAAUACAAGUGAAGAUUAUAAAUAUUAAUUUUUAUUAAUAAAAUUACAGAAAAAAAUCGUAAAACCUAGAUC